UUUUAUAUACGACAAUUAGUUUAUAUAUAAACGUACAUUUGUUUGCAUAAAAUGGUGUAAAAGUCCCUUUUUUCAAGUAUUUUACAUCUUCCAGAGAAGACUUCCGCUGUGCCAUGAAUAGUUCGCUCUUUCUGGAUUUUAUCGUGUUGAUUUCCUGCAUCAUUGAACUUGCGGAGAGCAAGAAUGUCCUUAUACUGCUAGGAGAUGACGUGGGCUUCCAGUUUGGCGCCUACGGAAACCGGAAAAUCAAAUCUCCGAACGUGGACGCCCUAGCCGCACGGAGCCUCGUUUUCAACAACGGGUUCACUUCCGUCAGUAGCUGUUCCCCGAGCCGGUCGGUGGUGUUGACGGGACUUCCAGUUCACCAGAACGGCAUGUACGGCCUUCACCACAGCGUCCAUCACUUCAAUUCAUUUGAUAACGUCAUGAGCCUUCCUGUCAUUCUCGGCAAAAACAACAUCCGCACAGGAAUUAUCGGCAAGAAGCACCUAGGGCCCGACUCCGUUUACAAGUUCGACUAUGAAGUCACGGGAGAACACUAUCCGUUAUUACAAGUUGGUCGCAAUAUCACUUGCAUGAAACAUUACGUGCGCGAGUUCCUUAAUCAGUCUAGGAAUGACUCGAGGCCAUUCCUGUUGUAUAUCGGUAUUUUUGACAUUCACCGUUGCGCAACGGGCGGGAAACUGGGGGACUUUUGUGACAAGUUCGGGGACGGCAUGACGCCCGGAACUGGCGUCAUCCCCGACUGGAAACCAGAAGUGUACCGACCGGAGGACGUGGAGAUUCCGUACUUUUUGCCUGACACGCCGGCGACGCGGGGAGACCUGGUGAACAUGUAUAAAACGUACAGCCGGUUUGACCAAGGAAUCGGACUGUUUAUGAAGGAACUCGAGAACGCGGGUUUUGCAGAUGACACUCUCGUGCUGUUUACGUCCGACAACGGGAUUCCAUUUCCGCUCGCCAAGACGAACCUAUAUGAUCCUGGACAGGGAGAACCGUUCAUGAUUUCCUCGCCGUACCACCGCGAUACCUGGGGAAAGCGGACGGACGCCAUGGCCAGCACAAUGGACAUCCUUCCGACUGUUCUAGACUGGUUCCAGGUUCCGUUCCCAAAAUACAAGCUAAAUGGCCUGCAAGUCAGCAUCACGGGGAAAUACCUUUUAAGGGCAUUGACCCCAAACCCGCCACCAGCGUUUGAUCACGUUUUCAGCAGCCACAUAUUUCAUGAAGCGACAAUGAACUAUCCUAUGCGGGUAAUGAGGACGAAGAAUAUGAAACUCAUUCAUAAUUUGAAUUUCCUAGCACCGUAUCCAUUGGCAACAGAUUUGUACCUAAAUCCGACAUUUUUAGACAUUCUAAAUAGAACCGAGUCAGGCAGGCCGUUGCCAUGGAUAACAACGUUAGAAAAAUAUUACUAUCGAGACGAGUGGCAACUGUUCAAUUUGACCUCUGAUCCGCACGAGCAGAAGAACCUAGUGGGGUCGUCCGCGUAUUAUGACGUCAUGAAGACGAUGAUGACGUCACUGGAGAAAUGGUUGGAGGUUACCGGAGAUCCGUGGAGAUGCCUUCCGGGGUCGGUGCUAGAGGGGAAUUCCUGCGACUCCAUGUAUAAUAACGUUAACAGUGGCUUUAUGUUUGGAUAAAAACUAUUCUGAACAAAUCAUUUUUUUUAUCAGCUUUCGUGUACAUGUAUGUGUAUUAUAAGGGCCUCUUAUGAAUGAUAGUACCACAAAACGUAUAUUGUGAGAUGAAGAUUAAAGAUAAUCCGUUUUAAGCAUAUUCAGUGGAGAGUCUGGCUUGCAAUUUCAAAUAAACUACGCUAAGCUUUGGCAUAAUGCACCAGUCAAUUGUAACCACGGCUCCCCCAGGUCCGGGGAAUAGCGGGGAGUUUGACUUUCGGUCCAGCCAACCCCGGCUAAAAUCCCCGCCCUGCGGGGACGAACAAAUGGUAAAAUCCCUGUCAAAUGCCCCCGCACCCCAGGGACCCUAUGUAAGGCCCAUUCCCGCUAUAUUUAAAGCGAAGACAAAACCACCGCAUUCACCCGGCACUACGGGGCCACCUGAAAGGUAGAAACACGGCCCAUUUCCCGGGCUAUCCCCGGUAUACCACCGGACCUGGGGGGGGGGGGGGGCGUGGUUACAAUUGACUGGUGCAUAACUAACAUGUCAAACAAGUUGUUUGAAAAUACAUUUUGUAUAUGCUUUAAUAGUGUAACACUGAUAACCAACGGAAGUACAACUAUGGACAUGAGUCUUCAAUGCCAUAGAUUUGAUAGUCAAUAAAUAUAUAUAAAUUAUCUAUAUAUAGUACAGUACAUGUAUAUUUCAAUAUUUUUGCAUACAAUCCACUUCAGUUACAUUUUUAUUUUAAAGAACUUAGUAUAGGUUGAAUAUAGGAGACACAGAAAUACGUAUUAAUAAGAAAGGGGCUACAUGUAUCAUUUAAAGCUGCACUCUCACAGAUUGAACGUUUUGACAACUUUUUUAUUUUUUGUCUUGGAACGAGCCAUUUUUUGCGAAAAUCCAUGGAAACCAAUUAUAUAAGACUGCUGACAAAAAAAUAGAUUGCAGAUUUUUAUUUUUAGUUCAAAAAUUGAUGUAUUAUGCGUAUUUCUUAAACUGUUAGCAACGGUUUAAGCCAUAAAACAUUAAUUUUCGAACGGAAAUAUGAAAAUCUACGAUCUGAUUUUUUGUCAGCAAUGUUAUAUCAUUGGUUUGCAGAUAUCUACGCAAAAAUUUGCACUUUCCAAGACAAAAAAAAAAAAGUUGUAAAAAUGGUAAAUUUGUGAGAGUGCAGCUUUAAAGAGAAGAACGUGCAAUAUUCAAAGCUAAAAAUAACGGGGGAGAUAUUUUAACAUUGCUUUAAUCUUACAUGCAUGUGAGAUAAGUAUACGAUACAUAUUACCCUUGUAUUGCUGUUUACAUGUGAGAAUAUAUGUAUUGACAGUAUUAAACUGUAAUAAAUACUUCUUUUACA